UCAAGUGUGACAUUUGUCUUCUGACUUUCUCAGAUACCAAAGAGGUGCAACAACAUGCUCUUAUCCAUCAAGAGAGCAAAACUCACCAGUGUUUGCAUUGUGACCACAAGAGUUCAAACUCAAGUGAUUUGAAACGACACAUAAUUUCAGUUCAUACGAAGGACUAUCCUCAUAAGUGUGACAUGUGCGAUAAAGGCUUUCAUAGGCCUUCAGAACUCAAGAAACAUGUGGCUGCCCACAAGGGUAAAAAAAUGCACCAGUGUAGACAUUGUGACUUUAAGAUUGCAGAUCCGUUUGUACUAAGUCGCCAUAUUCUCUCAGUUCAUACAAAGGACCUUCCAUUUAGGUGUAAGAGAUGUAGAAAGGGAUUUCGGCAACAAAGUGAGCUUAAAAAACAUAUGAAGACCUACAGUGGCCAGAAAGUGUAUCAGUGUGAGUACUGUGAAUAUAGCACUACAGAUGCCUCAGGCUUUAAGCGACACGUUAUCUCCAUUCAUACAAAAGACUAUCCUCACCGCUGUGAGUACUGCAAGAAAGGAUUCCGAAGACCCUCGGAAAAGAACCAGCACAUAAUGCGACAUCAUAAAGAAGUUGGCCUGCCCUAACAGUACUCUUCAUAGCUGUUUGUAGAGAAUCUGGCCUUGAAACAGAAAAUUCAUUUAAAAGCCAAUCAGUCUUGUUCACAUACAAUACUGUAUAUUGAUUUAUGCUGUGUACAAAUAGGAUUAUUGCUUCUAGUUGACUGUUUUUACAUUUUGUUCAAUAGUGUGUUCUGGAUUCUAUUCAGUUUGUUUAAUACAUGGGAAAAAAGCAGCAACACGCUAGUUGCUUUUACUAAAGUAAUCCCUGAUUCUAUACUGAAGUUUUCUAUCUUAGAAGUUUUAUAUUUAUUUUAAAAUAUUUACCUUGCUUACCUUGAUGGUACUCUUGUAAGACCAGCUAACUCAUGGUAACUCUGCAUUGGUAACUGAAGGGAUUCAUGUGGACUUUUUGUCUCACAAAUUUCUCACAAUUAAAUCGUCAAGAGACAUCUAAUGGAAUGGGAGAUUUUGUAUGGUGAGGUCUCAUGCUCGUAACAUGGAAGUCAUUUACUUGUCUUGCUUAGUAUUGUAGACUGUAUGAUAAUGAAAGUUUUCCUAUGAACUCUUGUGUCCCUGACAUCGCUGUGUAGAAGGGCAGUAGCUGGGUUUGUGUUUACCUUUCUUUCUGAUUGUUUUUCCUUUUUAGUGGAGAAAAUAUACUUUCUUUUCUUUAGACUCUUUCUUUACAUCUUCUGUCAGUGUAGUAAACUUUUAGAAAACCUUGUAUUUUGGUUAUUUUAUCUGUGCUGCUUUGUCUUGAAUGGUCGUGUGCUCCAAAUGAAAUUUAACUGAAGACUGCAUUUUGGAAUCUCCUAGGGGUAACUUGUGGCUCAUAGGAUCUUUUGCAACU